AUGGAAGAAGGACAGCAGACGGGGACGACGAAAGCUCGUCGUUAUGUCAGAAUCCCCGAGGAGUGUAUCUCUCUGUGUGCAGAGAACCUGGGCAUCCAGACGUCUCGAGAGGUCACUCGGGCCUUGGUGGAAGACGUCAGCUUCAGAAUCCGCCAAGUCACACAGCUGGCCAUUGAGUUCGUGAAACACUCAAAUCGGAAGCGAGUCUGCAAAGAGGACUUUGACAAGGCGCUCAAAUGGAGUGGAAUUGAGCCAGUGUAUGGGCAUUCGGGAGAGCCGCCUCCCUUUAUGUACAUCCAUGAGAAUGGUCUGUUCUCUGUGGAAGACCAGGAGGUGCUGCUGCAAGACCUGUCUCUCUCCUGCCCUGUGGCUCCCUCCAACCUCCCACCACCUCCCUCGCUCUCCGCUCGAUGGUUGAUGGUGGAGGGAGUAACAAUCGAUACUCAAGGUUCUCCGGAUGACCUACCGACAUCAGUCCACCUCCAGAAACCACCAGUUGAGGCCCACCAGAAGUACUUGUCUCUACUGAUGGAGGGUAUCACAGGUGACAGUGAAGAGCUUCGCAGAAUAGCUCUCACAGAUCUCCAGACCAAUGCAGCAGUGGCAAACAUCUUACCUGACCUGAUCCACUAUCUACUGGAGACUUUGAGUUGCUGGGUACAGUUCAGUCCUGUGCAACUGAUGAGGGUGCUCAAAAUGGCAUACUCUCUCUUCAGAAACAACCACCUUUUCCUCGAUCCUUAUGUUGUCGGGUUAUUUCCACUGGUGAAGAGUAUUCUCGUCACUCCAUCCUACCUUGCCUCUGACUCUGUCUCCGACCACUGGAGUGUUAGGAGAGCUUCGGCCAUGUGUCUCGCUGAGAUCACCGCUCGCUGUGCCACGCCCCUCAACGAGUACAUCCCUGACAUUAACACCUCGUUCCGGCAGCUUCUGUCUCAGUCGGACAUCUCUCUUCAAGUUCUCUACGGUGUGGUGCUCUCCCUCUGCCAUCUUGGGGGAAAGACCUUGUCAGAGGUGCUGUUCCCUCGACUGGAUGUGGUCUGUCAGACUGUUCAGAGACUGUCGAGAUCUCGAGACCUGGCAGUGAGGGACUCUUCCCUCAGGGUCCACGAAGCUCUCCUGCUGUCAGCAGAGAUCCUUCUGAUGUCUGGUGUGUCAGUGGAAGUCAGACCAGAGCACAUCUCUCCCUCCUCUUCCUCCUCACCCUCUCACCUCCGCACCUUCUCCACCCUCUUCCCCGCUGGCGGAGGAGGGGGUGGGGCCCACGACAACAGCUUCCUCUCAAGUUUCGGUCCCGCGGGGGGCAAGUCGCUCAUGGACACCAGUGACCUCAAUCUGGGGGGAGGCCCCCAGCAAGAUAUGCCGUCACUGUACGAGUUUCUCGUGGACGUGUUUGGGGAGAGCUUGGUGCUGAGGCUGACAUGUCACCUGAAGAAUGUAGUUCAGUUGGGAGACAAAAAGAUGCCGGGAGUGUCGGUAAAGACAGGAACACCAGGAAGGAGGGGCUCGAUAGUGGGAAUGGAGGGGAGAGGGCGUGCAGGAGCAGAAGAGCGAAUCCUGGCCUUCCUCAAGAGAGAAGGGUUCAGACCAUUCAAAGUGCAGCUGCCCAUGAAACCGCUGUCGCGCAAGCCGCCGGCCUACCAUCCCUGGGGCAGACAGCUCUGGCAGUUUCAGAUAACCACGACACUCCUCCCUGUCCAACGCAAUGUACUGAAUGAGAGGGGUCGCCCAUAUAAUCCUCGCAGGAAUUGGAGUAAUAAUGCUGCUGCAGUGAGAACAGGGAAACACCGCCGGAGAAACUGGACGUUACUACGAGCACACCCACUGAUUGAUUUAGGCUCAUUUUGGUUGUAA